AUGUUGCACCAAAACGGCGAAGUUUCGGACACUGAAGUCCAACGGUCCGCACAGACAAGUGAAGAUCAACCACUUUUGCAAUCGGACCCUGUUCCAGAAUGGAGUCCGCCUCCAGGAUUUUUGUUGAUCCAAAUUGCAAUCAUGGCCAAUGUGUUUCUGGGAGGCUUCGAUGGUACGAUCACUGCUUCAACCUACGCGGUCAUCAGCUCGGAAUUCAAUGCUGCGAAUACGGCAUCGUGGUUGACAACUUCGUACUUGAUCACAAGCACUGCCUUUCAGCCUCUCUAUGGGCGAUUCUCUGAUCUCCUCGGUCGCCGAUCUUGUUUCUUUACGGCCACGAUCACUUUCAUGGCUGGUUGUCUAGGCUGUGCCAUUGCCCGCGAUAUUGUCUUUCUGAACAUCAUGCGGGCCUUGACUGGUAUCGGUGGAGGAGGCUUGAUGACUAUGGGUAAGCAGAACCCAAGAACAAAUCAAUUGCGGUCCCUAAUGUAUUUCCCAGCCACCAUCAUCAAUUCUGAUCUGAUUCCUUUCCGCCAGCGUGGAAUGUAUCAGGCUAUUCAAAAUGUUUCGUACGGGUUUGGCGGCAUUUGCGGUGCAUCUUUCGGAGGUUCCAUUGUGGACUCGAUUGGAUGGCGUUGGUGCUUCCUGCUGCAGGUUCCGGUAUCGCUCUUUGCCUUGGGGAUGGGCUAUGUCGUGCUGAAAUUCCCGGCACGCAAUACUGAGCGGGAAGAUGGAUCAUCGCCUGGUAUUUGGCAGCAGAUCGAUGUAUGGGGUGCGCUCCUGCUCAUUUUGGGUCUUUCCGCUCAACUUGUUGGUCUCAGCCUGGGCGGCAACGUUCUUCCCUGGGGCAAUAUUUGGGUGGUGGCUCCAUUGGUCGGAAGUGUCCUUCUGCUGGUCGCAUUUGUUGCAGUUGAAGCCACUACUUCUGCGGUGCCUUUGAUCCCAUUAAAAAUGCUGCGUGGAACCCUUCCUGUCUCCACACAAGUCGCCAAUGUCUGCGUGGGGAUGGCAGCUUAUGCAUACCUCUUCACCCUUCCUUUGAUGUUCCAGGUAAUUCUGCUUGACUCGCCCAGCAGGGCUGGCACACGCCUCGUCAUCCCAUGUCUUGCCACGCCAUUGGGUGGUCUCAUAGCUGGGAUUGUCAUGUCUCGCUGGGGAAAACUCUCAUACAUCGUGCGCACCGGUGCAGCCCUCAUGUUUAUCGGCAACCUGCUAGUCAUGCUGCUCCGUUUUAGUGACUCCGAAUGGAAGUACUUCGCUUUCGUGAUUCCCGCAAACCUGGGCCAGGGCAUGGUGUACCCGGGGAUUCUGUUCACGUUCCUCGCAGCCUUCGACCACGCCGAUCAUGCGGUCUCAGCUUCAACGGUCUAUUUGAUUCGCUCUCUUGGAACCGUUUGGGGCGUCGCCGCCACCUCCACAAUCAUGCAGAACACAUUAAACUCAGGCCUCGGGGAGGCCUUGAGUGGACUACCAGACAAAUGGAAAGUGAUCGAUGAGAUCCGUCACUCUGUAUCAGCUAUCUAUGACCUUCCCCCAGAUGUCCAGAUGGCCGCCCGGUUGGUAUACUACCGUGGAAUCAGGCUCUCUUUUAUGGCGUCAGCAAUCUUUUGCAUUCAUCGCAACCUUCGCCGCUUUCUUCACCCGUGGAAAGGGACUGGAGCGUGCGGGCUCUAA